UGGGGGCGGCGUCCUAUCAUGAACUCUCUGCCCGCCAUGUCGCUAUCAAGAAGGCCAAAGAAAUCAUUCAUUUGCACACCGCUCUGCCUGCCCUGCAAUGGCUCCCUGCUACGCCUGCUCUGCCUGCCUCGCCAUGGCUUCCUGCUCUGCCUGCUCUACCUGCCUCGCUAUGGCCCCCUGUUCUGUCUGCUCUGCCUGCCUCGCCACGGCUCCCUGCUCUGCCUGCUCUGCCUGCCUCGCUAUGGCCUCCUGUUCUGUCUGCUCUGCCUGCCCCACCAUGGUUCCCUACUCUGCCAUUGUGCCACGGCCCUGGCCUUCCAGUACUUCAUGGUCUGCUACUGCUUCACGGCCCAGGACCUCCAGUGUUCCACUGUCUGUCAUUGCUCUGCGGCCCAGGCACGUCAGUAUUUCACGGUCUGCUGUCGCUCCACGGCCCAGGUCCUCCAGGGUUCUACUGUCUGCCACAGCACCGCGGCCCAGGACCUCCAGGGUUCUACUGUCUGCCACAGCCCCACGGCCCAGGUCCUCCAGUGCUUCACUGUCUGCCACUGCUCCAUGGUCCAGGUCCUCCAGUGCUUCACUGUCUGCCACUGCUCCAUGGCCCAGGUCCUCCUGUGCUUCACUGUCUGCCACUACUCCAUGGUCCAGGUCCUCCAGUGCUUCACUGUCUGUCCCUGCUCCACGAUCUAGGCCCACCUGCUCUACAUGGACCUGGCCCUCCAUCCCACCCCCUGUUUUGCCUCUGUUCCCCCACCCACCUGGACUGUUGUUUGAGCGCCAGGAGUCGC